CCCGGCGAAUAACUGCAUGUAGAAUGGUUCCGUUUUGCAGUCACACAUUUUUCAUUUUUAGAAAUAUCUCACUUAAACACGAUACAAAAAUGUCAUUCUUUCGUAAAAACCUGCUCUUUAACUUAUGAUACAAAUUAAACGUAUGAAUGGUAACAUCUUACUUUUUCUACUCUUUUCGAUCCUACCCGGAUCGAAAGAAAUGGACACCAGGAGACAGUUGCCAUAACGACAAAAAAACGUCAACGCGAACUUUUUUUUUUUUUUACUUGAAACCAACGUGUAGCUGGAGCUUGUAUUUUAAUUGGAAAAAAAAUCAUCCUAACAUAUCAUACAAGAUGAGUGAGUUCACAGAGUCUCUUCUCAAAUAUGACACUCCCGUUUCAAUAAGCAAAGGCACCGUUAGGAAAUCAGUAAAAGGGCGUCCAUUCAAAGUGAGCCCACAUCAGCCUGCUGACACCCCUGUGCCCCCUCCCCCUCAAAGCAAAUCAGGGUCACCUGAAAAUGAGCAAGUCCUCAACGUCAUCUUUCCCCCCAGAGAGUGGGCGGAGGGCAACGCCAUGUGGGCCCAACGAGUGUCCAGUACGCCAAGUACACGGGCCGACGUGGUCAAGCUGGAAGAGGCGCUCGACAGGAAGUUGCAGCAGAGGCGGGCCUUGGAAACGGGCAUCUGCCCCAUUCGCAGGGACUUGUACUCUCAGUGCUUCGGUAACUACGAAUGGUGGCAAUUUGACGACGCCGCAGGAAUGAAGGCAGUCACUGCAGGACUUUUUUUUUCUUUAUUUCGAGACGAGCUGAUCCGGCAGGUGAGCAUCAACUGUGUCGAGCGGGGUCUCCUGCUGCUGCGCGUCCGAGACGAGAUCCAAACGACCGUGGCCGCUUACCAGACCCUGUACGAGAGCAGCGUGGUCUUCGGGAUGAGGAAAGCUCUCCAGGCCGAGCAGGACAAGGAGGACAUGCGAAAAAGAAUGAACGAUCUGGAGAAAGAAAAGGAGGAGCUGACCAUGCGGCUGAAUGCGCAGAACGCCCAAUGCGUCGCCAACGAGAAAAGGGAAGAGGAAAAACGGGAAGCGCAAGAAAAGAAGCACGUGGAGCAGAUUCAGUUUUGGAAGAAGACCAACCAGCAGCUCAAGGUAGAACACGGCGACUCGUCACGACUUCCCUUCUCCUAAUAUCUGUAUUCCCGUUCAGGCCCAGCUGGAAGGAAUUGUCACGCCAAAGAAGUAACUUCCGAACAUCAUUCAAAGUCUUUCCAAACCGACUUUAUUGCUAUCCUUUAGCGCUUAGCUCUCUUAGCUUUUCUGCCCUCCGACGUUGGCGCUUGGCUGUCGAUCUUCUUGUCCUUGUUCCUGUUCUUGACGUUGUGCGUUUCGUAGUAGCGCGAGCCGACUUUCUUGGACCGCUGGGCGCGAUCCAUCGCUCUUCUCUGUACAAGUGGGAAAACACAGAGAUUUGAAACGACCCGUUACCUUUUUCACUUUUGUGACAGACGUUUACAAAAGUGAUUCAAUGUGUGGAAACACGAAUUGAAACAAGUCAAAUGCAUUUGAUGUUCUUCUUGACCUCUUUGGACGAGAGUUUGGGUCGUCGGGCGGAUGGGCCAUCUUCCUCAUCGGCGCUGUCAGCUUUCCUCUUUCUGUUUUUCUGAGCAGUGACUAAAAUAAAUGAAAACGAGAGUGUCAGUGAAAAACGAUGUUGACAGCGAGGCUAGCGCAAGAAUAACAAUGUACGCUUGUUGAAGGGGAAAAAGAUUCAGUUAACAUGUAUUGCAC